AUCAAGUUUUUGGCAUAAAUUAUAGUAUGGUUCUUUAAAUUUUCGCUGUUGAGGAACAUGGUUUCGAUUUAUCUGCACCUUAAGUAAAAGGGCUGUGAUGAUCGUAUUCCGGGUUCUCCAAUAAUUCGCAUGGGAUUUAAAACUUAUAAAUUUGGACAUUUUUAAACUAAACAGUAGUUUUUGAUUCAAAGAUAAAAAUAAAGUAAAAUAUUACAAACUCAUGCAUUUCCUAUGUAUACUAAAUGUAUUGUAUCUUUUUUAUUCUAGGAGCUAAUUGAUUCAAAUGAUCAGUUCAUCAAAUUCAAGACGAACGUUCGUGUUAAUGAUGUGCUGUUUAUGAUACUUAAUAUUUACAUUAAAUAUAAGCUACCGCAGCAAGGCGUAGAGCAUCUUUUGCGAAUGUUUAAUGUGAUUUCGAUGGGUAAUAUUUUUCCAGAGUCUUUCGAAUCGUUUAGAAAUAUGUUCCGAAAUGAUUACGAAAUGGAGCGCAUUUAUUUCUGUCAAAAUUGUCAGUACGGAUACACUGGUACACCCAGUGCAGAAACCAGGUGCCCGGUAACAAAUUGUAAUGCAAAAGAGAAAGAUUUCUUCAUUGCUUUCUCAUUGGAGCAACAAAUUCGGGAAACCGUUUUGAAAUAUUCUGAACAAAUCAACAAUUAUGAAAAAAACAUUAUUGAAAAUGAUAUUUGCGACAUCAAUAGAGGAACUCUGGCGCAGGCAACAAUAUCACGUGAAGACGGCCAAUUCAUAACGCUAUCAGCAAACGAGGACAGCGCGGCACCGUACAAAAGUACAACUAAAAAACCACUGUAUCCACUUUUUCUCACAGUCAACAAUCUGCCUCCUCAAUUGAGAUUUGACAAAAAUAACCUCAUGCUUGCUGCUUUGUGGUUUAACACGGGAAAACCUGAUAUGGCAUUAUUCCAUAAACAUUUCAUUCAGCAAACACGACGUCUCCGUAAGGGAAUCAAAAUUGGAUCCGAACACUACAAGAUUCUAGUUCUGCAAGAUUGUUUGGACUCGGUAGGCAGAUGCGAAGUGUUUUGUUCGAAGCAGUUUAAUGGGACAUUCGGCUGCACCAUAUGCCUUCACUCUGGAAAAUCCAUCAAUAAUCAAAUCAGGUAUCCUUACCAACGAUCCAGGCUCAGAGAUGAUAGUUCAACAAGAAAGCUAAUGCUAGAGGUUCAUAAUUCGGAAACGCAGAAGCCCAUGCUUGGCAUAAAAGGCUUGAGCGUUCUCACUGGUGUUCCUGAUUUCGACAUCAUUAGAGGAUUGCCUCCAGACUACAUGCAUUUAGUAAAUUUGGGCCUAAUGAAGCUGAUAUGGGAGCUACUUCUUGAAGGCGACGCUGAGAACAAAUCAAAACCUCAUCACAUUGGGAAACACAAAGUGUUGAUAGAACAGAGAUUGCAAAGUAUUCGAUUACCAAGUUGUUUUCCAAGACGGAUAAGGAGUAUAUCUGAACAUGCCAUAUUCAAGGCCAGUGAAUGGGAAACUCUUCUGUUUCACUGUAUUUAUCCUUGUUUUAACGACCUCCUGCCGAACAAGUAUAUGCAUCAUUUAAUGCUUCUGAGUUCCAGUAUAUUUCAGCUUCUCGAGUUCAAAAUUUCCAGAAUCACUAUCUCAUCUUGUGAAAAAAAAUUGGAUUUAUUCGUAAAGGAUUUUGAAAAGCAUUACGGUACAAAGAACAUGGUGUACAAUGUACAUUUAACCUCUCACCUGGCUCAAACCGUAAGAAAUCUUGGUGCUCUUUGGAAUUCUUCACUAUAUCCUUAUGAAAACGGAAACAGCAUGCUAAUAGGUUUUCAGACUUCGAAGAAUCAUCCUGUUCUUCAGGUUUCUCAAAAGUUCCUAUUGAAUAGGAUAUGUCGUUUUGGUGAGGUGAAGAAUUCACUUGCGAAGGAUUGGAUUUCGAAAGUCUGGAGUCCCAUGCACCAAAAGAUAGAGUUUAGUCAACAUAAUUUAUCAAUAUUACCCGAUCAUGUAGAUGUAAGUACUGAGCUAAAAAGAGUUGAGUUCUGCGAUAUCGGAAAGUAUCAUUACAAAGGCAUUAGAAUUUGUUCAAAAGAUGUGUGCAAAAACUUCAAAUAUGAUGAUUCAUUUAUUCAUGUUAACGGUGAUUUCUUAAACAUUGAUCGCCUGCUAAUAGAUAAAAACAAAAAUGCAUAUGUACUUGGCACAAUUUUAAAAACCACAAAAAUAUUUGAGAACAUGUUUAUGUAUGAGUUAUCAAAUACUCAAAAACUAAGUAGCAUAAACAAUACACUUCGACUAUGUGUAAAUGUAGAAAUUGUAAUGGAUGGUGAACCAAAAGACACAUUAAAAUACGUUUCGCUCUGCAAAUCAAAAACGCAGAUAGAUUAAGUAAAUUAUAUGAAUAAAAAAAUAAAUCAAAUAUGUAUGGGUCUAGAAGAAAAGGAAAAUUUUCAAAUAAUGUAAAUUAU